UUGCUGCUUUGACUGCAGUGCUUUUGUUUGGUGAGGUUAGAAAUUUGCCGUAAACACACAAAAAUAUAACUAAAACUUCUGAAAAUGGAUAUUGAAACCAAGAUCAAAGACGACAUGAAGGCUUUAGGCUGCCAUUCCGAUCUAAAAAUGUCGCUUGCAUAUAAUCUUUACAUACAUUUAGUGGACGAGAAGCUAAUGUAUGACACUGAGUAUUGUUACAACAAGGACAUAGACACACUUUACAUCGUCGCCCGCCCAAAUAAGAACGAGAAACUCAACAUAUACGUGCCAAUACCGACAUACGACGAGAUCAGCGUGGAUUACAUCAACAAAAUACAAGAAAACUUAUGUACUGUUGAGACUGGACCGACAGUAAACUUGGCUUUCAUUGAAGGUGACUUUACGACAGUGAUAUACACUUUUACUAAAGGAAUAGUGGACCGGCCGCCUCCUGACAAAGUGUCCUACCAGAGAGCAAGAGAGGGAAGACGGAAUUUCAUAGACAAUGAGCUGAAAAAGAGUAGGAAUAACAUUUUAAAUGAUGCUUUGAAUGGAGGAGUGGUGGAUGAUGAUGACUGUCACGUUUUAGAUUGAAGGAGGUUUUAAGCUCGAUUGGAACUUAUUUGUAUGAAGGCCGACCGAAAGGUCCUUCGCUCAAAUCUUCUGUCAAGUAUGCUGUAGAAAAUCACUGCUACAGAAUAAGAAUUUAUGUUGACGGCAGAGACAUUAAGCCAAAUAAAAAAAAACUACAACCUGUUUAGAGUUGAAUUUUAGUUCAACAAGUAGUAUUAAAAUUAUAAUAGUAGUAGUAAAAUUGAAGUGAAGCAUGUUUCGUAAUAAGAGGUCAAAAUUAUAUUUCUAAAUCAAAUCAAUUGUAUCAUUGUUAAUUAGGAAGCUAGGUACUUUAGAAUAAGCUCGGUAGUACAGGACUUCAACAGGCCAUAAAUUCUCGGGAAGUAAAUUAAGCCUAUUUUGAGGAAUAUUUUCUACGACAAUCUAUCUAAUUUU